GCGAGGUGGCCGCCGACGACAAUUCGGAGGAGAGCUCUGGCAAGGACAAGGGCCGCCUCCUGGUGCCCGGCAGCUCCUCGGCGGGCCCGUCGGGCCCAGGUCCUGCCCCGGGGCGCUACCAGGCGGCCUCAGCAGAGAGCGAAGAGGGCGAGGAGGGCGAGCUGGGCAGCGAAGAGCAAAACGGCCGCGGGCUCGCCUCGGCGGGAUCCGCGCUGCAUCACCUCCGGCAGUGCAGGCCGUGCAUGUACGUGUCCUCCAAGACGGGCUGCAUCAAGGGGCAGGACUGUCAGUACUGCCACCUCGCGCACCCCAAGAAGAACCGGCCACGCCCGUGCAAGGCCACCCGCCUGCAGUGCAAGCAGCUCGCCAGCAUGCUUGACGUCCUCUCCGCGGACGCCGAGCAGAUGAUAAAGGCGACGGAGGUCCUGGGCGACAACGCCGCGUACAUGCGGACCGUGCUCCGGGGAAAACAGAGGCAGCUCGCCGGCGAGGCAGAUUCGCGCGCGGAGGCGCCGACGGGAAGGACGACGACGUCCUCAGCAUAUGACAGGCGUGCAGGCGGCCCGCGGCGCUGGCGCGCGCACUCCAGCGCAGUUCGGACGCAGGCAGGCGGUCGGGGCCGUGCAGCCUAGCGGCGCGCGCGACCCAGAGGGCCUCCCGAGACACGCGGCCUCCGACCAGCGUAGGUGAGUCGCCUCGGGGAUCGUUGUCGAGCCUUGAUCUUCCGUGACACUGCGACAUUAUUAUCGGGGUUGUUAUCAUCUCCUUCC